AUGAUCUUCAUUCCCCCUAAGACUUUGACAAAGCUUUCCACCAUGAGUCCCUCGGCGUUACCAAACAAGCGAGAGGACAGCACUCAGAAUGGCAGCUCCCAAGAUUUGAACGCUUCAAACCUCGAGAUCAAUCUUUCACAGACUCUGAAGCGCGUCCCUGAGCCCGGAACGCCGGAACUAUGGGCUCAGAAUAUCUGCAGUGACCAUAUGGUCACUGCGAGAUGGACUGAGGAGCAUGGCUGGGAAACCCCUCGCAUCCAGCCCUUUGGCAAUAUCAGUCUUUCUCCGGCGGCGUCGUGCCUGCACUAUGCAACCCAAUGCUUUGAGGGCAUGAAAGUAUUCCGCGGGCAUGACGACAAGUUGAGGCUAUUCCGACCCGAUAAAAACAUGAAACGAUUGGCAAUGAGUGCGAAGCGCGUGUCUUUACCCGAGUUCAACGAGAACGAAGCUGUUGAAUUGAUCAAAGCUCUAGUUCGGAUAGAUGGUCCUAGAUGGUUACCAAAGGGCCGAAAGGGCAACUUCCUGUACAUCCGCCCUGCCCUCAUUGGAAGCGGCACGCAAAUAGGCAUCCAGAUCCCCAAGGAGGCCCUUCUUAUGGUCAUGAUGGUAGCCUGGCCAGACUUCUCUUCUGACAUUCCCCCGGGUGUCUUGGAGAAGCCCCAGGGCCUCCGGCUCAUGACAUCCGAGAACGGCGCGGUCCGAGCCUGGCCGGGCGGUUUCGGCCAUGCCAAGGUUGGCGCCAACUAUGGACCAAGUUUUCUUGCGCUCCAGAACUGUCGCAAGCGCGGGUACGACCAGAUCCUCUGGGUCCUUGGGGAUGACGCCCAAGUCACGGAGGCGGGCUCGAGCAACUUCUUCGUUGUGGUCAAGAACAAGGAGACAGGAAAACGCGAGCUAAUCACCCCUCCUUUGGAAGAUGGUAUCAUCUUGGAGGGCGUGACCAGACAGUCGACUCUGGAACUCGCCCGAGAGCAUUUCUCCAACGAGCUUGCGGUAAAGGAAGACCGCUUUACGAUGUACGACCUUAAGUUGGCUUGGGAAGAGGAAAGAAUUCAGGAGGCAUUUGUGACUGGGACUGCGUUCUUCAUCACUCCUGUCUCAAAGAUUCAUUUCGACGGCAAAGAAUGGGACAUCCCAGUGAACAUGACCAAUGGCGGGUUUUCUGUUGCCAGGUCGAUCAAGAGCCUCUUGGAAGGUAUCAUGUACGGACCUCGGAGUCAUGAAUGGGGAAUUCUGGUCGAAGAAGUGAGCUAG